UUAACGAGCCCUGUCACCGGGCGAGUGACCGUCCGCGAUAACAAAUACAUCUACAAUGGAAUUCGUUUCGACUACAAGUGUUUUGUUUAUAUUAUUUAAAUCAAUUUCCGCCAAAUCGAUACCAAACAGUUAUGUCGAAAAUCGAAUGAAUUUAAUCGAACGUGAAUUGGACAUGCAAUUAGGUAGUGAAGUGAUUUUGAACGAUGAUGAAAAAUUGGCCAACGAAAUACUGAUGCACUGGAAACAAAAGGAAAUCGAAGAAUCUUUUCGAAAUCCACAAUAUUUUAAUUUCUCGAAACAUUACUUCGCUUACAAGAACGAUAUUCCUAAAUCUAAAGUAUAUCAGAUUAUAAGAGAAAUGCCUAAAGGUGCGGCGCUACAUGUGCACAGCUCACUGAUGCUCAGUGCAGAUCGCUUAUUGAAUCUGACUUAUGAAAAUCACUUGUACAUGUGCAAUAAUGAGGCCGGUGAUAUACAAUUCAGAUUCUCAGAAGUACCUCCCAAAUCGCCUUGUCAUACAGGCUGGCUGCUGCUGAAGGAUUUGAGAAAUUUAGGUGAUGCAACGAAAUUUGAUGAAACUCUAAAGAACUAUUUCACUCUAUUUUCGGAAUCGGGUCAAAGUUGUGACAAAAUAAACGAUAUUAACACGAUUUGGCGCAAAUUCGAAAAAGUAUCAAAAGCUAUAUCUCAAUUAAUAAUUUAUAGACCACUCACUGAAAAGUUCUUUUAUGAAGCUUUGAACGAAUUUUAUAAAGAUAACAUACAGUACAUUGAAAUAAGAAGUGGUUUGAAAAGUCUGUACGAAUUGAACGGCACAGUGCAUGACAAAUUGUAUAUGCCGAGAUUGUACCGAGAAGUGGCAGAGCGUUUUAAAAGGGAUCAUCCGGACUUUGUGGGCGUUAAAUUGAUCGUGACUAGACAUAGGCUAAAGACGGAUGAAGAGAUACGGAAAACUAUAAAUUUGGCGAGGCAGGUGAAGCGAGAAUUCCCUUCGUUCUUUGCCGGUUUCGAUCUCGUCGGACAGGAAGAUUUGGGCAGACCGUUGUCUGAUAUACUGCCAUUCCUGACUGAAGCGAAGAAUGAGUUGAAGUAUUACUUCCAUGGAGGUGAAACUAACUGGUACGGGACUUCGACGGACGAGAAUCUUUUCGAUGCUGUACUUUUGGGAUCGAAGCGUAUAGGUCACGCCUAUGGACUAAUAAAGCAUCCAUCUUUACUGAUAGCUGUGAAACAAAAUGAUAUAGCGUUGGAAGUAAAUGUUGUGUCUAAUGUGGUGUUGGGUUUAGUCCAUGAUGUGAGGAAUCAUCCGUUAGCGACAUAUUUAGCGCUAGAUCUGCCGGUUGUGUUGUCUAGUGACGAUCCAGGAGUAUGGGGUGCGGAUCCAUUGUCUCACGACUUUUAUAUAACUUUCGUGGGUGUCGCGAGCAAGCGCGCCGACUUGCGUCUCCUAAAGCAACUAGCUAUUAACUCCAUAAAAUAUAGCACGUUAGAUACAAAACAUAAGGAGACAUUGUUCAGAGUGUUCUAUACCAAAUGGGAUGUCUUCAUCAAACAAGUAUUAACUAUGAGUACAAAUAUUUAUUUAUAA